CCACAUCUUUCCAUUGUUAGAAUACCACAAUCCAUGAAAGUUUCUACUAAAGUCACCGAUAUGAGUCUGUCUCCUACUCUCACAGUAGCAGUUACUUUUUUAUUUCUGUCAUGGCUUGGGAAGACGAUUUUCAGUCACUACAAUGACAUUCCCGGACCGGUGAUAGCUCGGUACACCAAAUUUUAUCGUGUCUUUCUUUGGCUUUCAGGGAAAGCGCCUCAAAGAUAUUUUGCUCUGCACGAUAAAUACGGACCCGUAGUCAGAACUGGCCCUAAUCACGUCUCUCUGUCCGACAGCAAGCAAAUAUCGGUCAUAUAUGAUGCCAAGCAGAGAUUUUUGAAGAGCGACUUCUACCAUGUUUUCAGACCAUUGUACCGAGGGAAACCGCUAGAUACACUUUUGUCCAUGAAAGAUCUCCAGCAAAGCAGACAAAUGUUGGAGGUGGUGAAGCGGCAUAUGACCAAUAACAUCAAAGCUCAUGCAUGGGCUAUGGAAACUACAUUCGCUACUAUACUGAAAAGACUCAAAAGCUCUGACGUAGUUCAUCUUGAUCUUUCCAUGUGGAUCUGGUACUGGAACUUCGAUGUAACACACCUCAUUAUGUGCGGUCAGGCGCUCGGAUACCUUGCACAGGGAGAAGACUUGAAUCGAACAAUCACCAACUUCAAGUCUAUUGUAGAACAUGCUGCCACUCUCGGACAAGUACCAGAAUAUUGCAAAGUUUCUCUUGCAAACGAGAGAGUCAUGACCAUCUUGAGGAGAUUCAAGAGUUUUCCGGAUCCUACUCAUGCCAUGUUGCAACAUUUUGAGACGCUUAUCCACUCCCAUGACUGCCGCGAUCACGAGGGGCCCACGAGCCUCAUUUGUGGCGUUCUUGAGACAUACCAGUGUAAAGAAAACGCAGACGCCCACGACAUGGCUAUUAAUCUUCUUGUGGAGACAUUUUUCGCAGCAUCUACGGAAACAGCGAGCAGUCUUACCGCAAUAUUCUACGCUAUCCUCACUAAUCAUGAAACAUAUCAACGACUUGUGGAAAUAAUUCGAUGCAAUGAAGGUAAAGAUAUGGAGAAACAAAUGAGAGAUCCAUAUCUGAACGCUGUCAUCAAAGAGUCCGUCCGUCUAUAUUCAUCAAAUUCCGUGCCACUUGAGCGGAUCACACCGAAGGAAGGAUUCGAGGCCAAUGGAUACAGAAUACCCGGGGGUACAAAUGUUACUAUACCGCAGUAUGUUGUUCAUCGAGACCAUGCGGUCUUCGGCGAGCAUGUCGACCGCUUAGUCCCUGAAAGAUGGCUCAAUGCUGAUCACAAGGCCCUCCUUCGUAUGGACCAGACUCUACUCGUGUUCGGACAUGGCAGCCGCGCCUGUUCAGGAAGGGAAUUGGGUCUAUACGAAAUUCGAUUCUUUCUUGUGAGUCUUCUGCGCGAGUUUGACGUGGAAUUUGUGCGCAAAGAUCCUUUCCCUAAGAUUAGAAUGCAUUGGAUCAACGAGUUUGACAACUUUGAAGUCCAAAUUGUUCCUCGAAUGGAUCGAUGA